CGCCAGCACCUGUUAUUUGCUUUACUGCGGAGGAAGAUGGGUCCGGUUCUGGUGGUAUUGGUGUUGAUGUUGGGGGCGGCGGAGGUGGUGACGCCCUGCAUGCCGGGCGACCUCUGUCCCGUGCCCAAAGAUGACCCCGGGGUAGUGAACGCGAUCCGGGUGGCGGAGGAUGACUUCAACAGCAGAUCCAGCGACUUGUUUCACACUGCGGUGUCGAAAGUGAUAUCGGCCCAGACACAGGUGGUGUGGGUGUUCACGUACCAUCUCACCCUGGAGCUGAGAACCACCGUCUGCAAGAAGAGUUCUGUUUCCCGGAACUGCCCGUUCCACGAGGAUCCUCUGUAUGCCAAGACAAUGAACUGUAGAUUUAUGGUCUGGGACCAUACGGCGCUCGCUCCCAUGCACGUGACUGAAUCUUCUUGCACCAGGACGGCCAAGUGACCGGUCUGCAGGACCCCGGCGGCACACAGCGUGGCGCGCACCGCUCAGCUAAAGCAAUAAUUCUGAUGACCAAGUCAAAUGGAUACGAAUACAGCACUUUACCACGGCCCGGGGCGCCUCGUAAUGCAAUCUCUACAACGCAUACAGACAAACGCGCGAGUGUAUACACUCGCUCAGUAAUAUACAUUCCCCAGGCUACUAUCUCUCUCUCUCUCUUUCACACGCCAUCUUUGAGUUGGAACCCUUGAAAGAUGGCUCGUCAUAGACAUCGAGGGGCCAAAUAACCCGCUCCUGUGCCAGACCGCUGUACGUUCUGUGCUCAGUAGUAUUUGGGCUCCAACUCGCGGGCUGGCCAGUUAUUACCAUAAUUGUAUACUGUAAUUAAUCUGCAAAUGUAUAUUUUUA